AUGAUGGACAACUCAUCCUUGAUCCUGUGUUCGUCAACCGCCGACGACGCCUUCGGCCCAAUCGUCCAAAAUUGCCGCGAUGGCUUCGAUUUUACUCUCACUUUUGAACAAUGUCUUUUUACAAUACUCCCUGCCUCCCUCCUUCUACUCGCCGCACCCUUUCGUUUCCGUCAACUUUACAAACUUCCACGCAUCGUGUCCGGCGACGCCCUUCGUCUAACCAAACAGGCCGCCAUUAGCAUCCUCGCCAUUCUACAGCUGACUCUGAUUGCUCUAUGGGCAAAUCAUCAAGAUGUCGGCCGUCUGCGUACCGUGUCCAUUGCAGCUUCUUGCACGUCCUUCGUUGCUAGUCUGGUGUUUGGUGGUCUUUCGUAUAUAGAACACUCGAAGAGCCUUAAGCCUUCGUCCAUCUUGAAUACAUACACUCUCUUAUCGCUGGUGCUGGACGGAGCAAUCCUCCGCACCAUCUGGCUAUCGCACUUAAGCGUCGCCAUCAGCGCCAUCUUCACCGCCUCGUUCGCGCUGAAGCUGGCCAUCGUGAUCCUCGAAGCCCAGGAGAAGACGCGAUACCUCGUUGACUCUGGUGGGAUGCCGAUUAGCCCCGAGGAGACCAGCGGCAUCUACAGUCGCGGUCUUUUUUGGUGGCUUACGCCCCUGCUGUUGACUGGUUUCUGCCGUCUCCUGAAGCCCCUGGAUCUUUUCACUCUAGAUGAGUCCAUGUCAGCCAUGGUACUUAAUGAGCGAUUCUGGCUGUACUGGAACAAGUCUUCAAACACGUCGCCUAGUCUGUCGGAUGGUUCACCCCGUCCGCAUAGCUAUCGACUUAUCUGGGCUUGUAUCCGCACGCUCAAAUGGCAGCUACUCGCAGUCAUUCUUCCGAGGCUAUGUCUGCUUGGCUUUACAAUCUGUCAACCUCUGGUCUUGAACAGGUUCCUCGACUUUUUACAGAAUUCAUAUGAGACCGUCAACUAUGGAUAUGGGCUCAUCGGCGCUUAUGGCCUCGUCUACCUGGGCAUUUCAGUUGCGUCGAGCUUUUACUGGCACAAAGCCUUCCGUACUGUGACCAUGUUACGUGGUAUUCUAGUUGCUGCCAUUUACUCAAAAACGACUGAGCUCAGUGUCGCUCCUGGCGACGACUCUGCGGCCGUGACCCUCAUGUCAACGGAUGUUGAAGUUAUCGUUCGGGCAUGGCGCGAGAUCCACGAGUUCUGGGCCAAUAUACUUCAGAUCUCCCUUGCAACCUGGAUUCUAAGCACCCAUAUAGGAUACGCAGCCGCAGGACCGAUUAUUGUGUCAGUAUUCGCCCUGGUGAUUACCGUCAUGUUUGCACCCGCAACCCAGAAAUAUCAAGUCGCUUGGAUAGAGAAAGUUCAGAAGCGCAUUGGAAUCACAUCAGCCAUGACAGGGCACAUUAAGAGCAUCAAAAUGUCCGGCUUGGCCCAAAAGCUCACACAGACAAUCGCCGACCUCAGAUUCUCGGAGAUGAAAGCAGCCGUGGCUUUCCGGGUUAUUGCAGCCAUCACAUCAGCUGUAGCUCAGAUCCCUCUCAUGCUCGCCCCGGUUGUUACUUUUGCCAUGUACAUGGUUAUUACCAACAAGACCGGUCAGACGCUUGAUACGACAAAGCUUUUUGCCGCACUAUCUCUCAUCAUACUUUUGGCAAGCCCUCUAUUCUUCAUGUUCGAGUUGGUCCUAGAUUUGAGUGCAGCCCUGGGAUCAUUCCAUCGCAUAGAAACUUACCUUUUCCAACCGCCACGCAUCGAGUAUCGAACAUUCCCAUCAGAAUCUCUAACUAGGUGUCAUGAAACACACCAAGAAGACUUCUCCAUUCAUGUUCAAGAAGCAUCCUUUCGCUGGAAACCAGAAUCUAGCGCCAUACUUGAUAAAGUCGACUUGAGUAUAGCGCCAGGUCAGCUGGCUAUGGUUGUGGGUCCUAUCGCUUCAGGAAAGAGCACGCUUCUAAAAGGACUUCUCGGCGAAGUGCCGUACACCAGUGGGAAGGUAGCUCUAUCCAGCAUUCGGGUUUCUUGGUGCGAGCAAAGUCCUUGGCUCAUCAACGACAGUAUUAGAAAGAACAUCAUUUGCUUCUCUGAAUAUGACGAGGAUCUUUACCAACAGGUACUAAAGGCUUGUGAUCUUGAGAAGGAUUUGGUCCAACUCUCGGAAGGUGACCAGACAAUUAUCGGAAGCAAAGGUCUCGCCCUUAGCGGAGGCCAAAAGCAGCGUGUGGCUCUUGCUAGGGCUGUCUAUUCGAGACCCCAAAUAGCCUUGUUUGACGAUAUUUUCAGCGGCCUGGACAACUACACAGCCAAGACUGUUUUCCGCCGUCUGUUCAGUGGCAAGGAGGGAAUGCUUCGAAAAUGGUGUACAACCGUUGUUCUCGCAACCCAGUCAGUGAGCUUCCUACCCCAGGCAGAUACGAUUAUUGCGCUCGAAGACGGCAAGAUAAUCGAGACUGGGACGUUUGAAGACUGUCGCAAGGCAGAUGGGUUCGUCAGGAGCCUUACUACCAGAGAGGCCUAUAGCAUUGACGGCGAAGAUGAACCCAAGGAUUUGGAUGUUGAAGCCUCCAAUGAACUACCAGCAAGGGAAAAAACCAAGGUAACUGCAGAGCCGGAGGACAUGAGGCGGCAGUUGGGUGACUGGAGCGUUUAUUCGUACUUUUUUGGAAGCAUCGGUGCCAUUUUCCUUGCAAUCAUGCUCUUUCUACAAAUAAUCUGGGCGUUUUUCUCGACAUUUCCAACUGUCUGGCUGAAAUUCUGGACCGACCACAAUACCAAAGCUCCAAAUCAGGACUCGGCAUAUUAUCUUGGAGUGUACGCCACUAUGCAGGUGGGGGCAAUCUUUUGCUUUGCCGUGCUCAUAUGGUUCGUUCUUGUUCCGGUAGCCUCCAAAUCGGGUAUCAGAUUGCACCAAAGGCUUCUUCAGACUGUCAUGCAUGCCCCUUUGGCUCUUUUUCAAAGCACGGAUAUUGGUUCAAUUACGACUCGCUUCUCCCAAGACAUCGGCUUGAUCGACCGCAACUUGCCCCUGGCACUUGUCAUUUCCCUGGCCAGCUUUUUCACCUGCAUUGGUAAAGCAGUUCUCAUUGCCUCUGCCUCCUGGUACAUCGCCAUAAGUUUCCCUGUUUUGAUUCUCGUCUUCUAUUACAUCCAACGCGCUUAUUUGCGAACAUCUCGCCAACUUCGCUUCCUGGACUUGGAAGAAAAGGCUCCUGUAUACACCCACUUCCUCGAAACGCUAACCGGGCUCUCUACUCUUCGUGCCCAGGCCAUGGUGUCACCCUCCAUAGCUCAUUCAUACGCUCUCAUCGACCGCUCCCAGCGCCCGUUCUACAUUCUCCUUUUGACACAGCAAUGGCUCACGCUCGUCCUAGAUCUGACGACAACUGCCCUGGCCCUCCUUGUCGUCGGCCUUGCUGUCCGCCUUCGCAGUACUGUUUCCGUGGGUCUGACAGGUGUCUCCCUGGUCCAGCUGAUUUCUUUCACCGAGACCCUCAAGCUACUCAUACAGUUCUGGACUUCGCUCGAGACAUCCAUCGGCGCGGUCGCCCGAAUCAAAAACUUUGCGGAAGAGACGCCAGAUGAGAUUGAGGAGGAUGCCCUGAGGCGGCAGGUCCUAAGAUCUGGUGGGCAACAGGUGUUGGAUACAAUUGUUUCAGGUUGGCCUCAUAGGGGUGUUGUCGAGCUUCAAGACGUGUCAGCCUCUUAUGCUCAAACUAGUGAUGUCGAUGACGAGAAGGAGGUCGUGCCCAAGGCCCUGAACGGCAUCACACUUUCCAUCCGCGAUGGCGAGAAGAUUGGUAUUGUGGGACGGACAGGAAGCGGAAAAUCCUCGCUCCUGCUUGCCCUCUUACGCCUGCUGCCGCUGUCUUCUGGUACCAUUUCCAUAGACGGUAUCUCUUUGGACCAUCUCCCUAUAUCUGAUCUGAGAUCGGCACUCAUUGCCAUCACCCAAGAUCAGUUUGUUCUCCCCGGAACGGUGCGUCAGAACAUUGACCCGUUCGCCACAGUCACCGAUGAAGCCAUCACGCGAACACUCACGCGACUGGGUCUUUGGGAUACUAUCCAGGAAAACGGCGGCCUGGAGUCGGAUUUCGCCGAGGAGAGUCUCAGCCAUGGACAGCGACAGCUCUUUUUUCUUGCAAGGACUCUGCUGCGUCGCGAUAUUGGGCGAGUCGUUCUCUUGGACGAGGCCACAAGCAGCGUCGAUGCCAACACUGAGCGAAUGAUCAGGGACAUUAUUCGUGAGGAGUUCAGGGAGCACACCGUCAUUGCGAUCGCGCACCGCUUGGAUACCGUCGCCGACUUUGACCGUGUUGUGGUGCUCGAUAAAGGCCGCGUCGUGGAGGUUGGCGAACCUCAAUCGCUGCUCAUCAAGGGAGGCAAGUUCAAGGACUUGUGGGAUGCGAGCAGACAAAGUGUCCAUGAUACUUGA